AGUGAGCUAUCUGCACCGGGGCUGCGCGGGGGGUGGGAAGUGAUCCUCACUCUGCCAACGGAGGCGACUGGAUCCGAACAGACCGGAAAGGACUAGAUGCUACGGACUUGCCGGAGCAGAGAGAGUGCCUUCAAAAGCAGCGGACGUUGAGCUCUACUUGUUGUUUCAAAGACAGUGAAACCACCUCAACGCUCUGCCUGGGCUGGCCCCCUACGGGAAGGCGUUCGCAUCGGCGUUCGUUGGAGCUGUCUCGUCAAUUGACGGUCGUGGGAGGUAGCUGAGCACAGUGUUACUGAGGUGAAAGCGAUCAGUGAAUAGCGUGAUGGCAGAGCGGAGGCUUUCCACUCCGCUUCCACUUCUCCUCCUCCUGCUUGCCCUUGGAGGAGUUCUUCCAGUGGCACAGGGCUCUAGUUAUCUCUCUGGAUAUCGCAUGAGGUCUCGCCUGCAGCGGGACCGGCAAGUCCGCAACAUUCGACCAAAUAUCAUCCUCAUCCUCACAGAUGAUCAGGAUAUAGAGCUUGGCUCAAUGCAGGCCAUGAACAAAACUCGGCACAUCAUGGAGAAAGGUGGAACACAUUUCUCAAACGCUUUCUCUACCACGCCAAUGUGCUGCCCGUCGCGCUCCUCCAUCCUGACUGGGAAGUACGUCCACAACCAUCACACCUACACAAACAACGAAAACUGCUCCUCGCCCUCAUGGCAGGCCCACCACGAACCGCACACCUUCGCCGUUCACCUCAACAACUCUGGAUAUAGGACUGCUUUCUUUGGAAAGUAUCUCAAUGAGUAUAACGGAUCCUAUGUGCCUCCGGGCUGGAGGGAGUGGGUGGCCCUAGUGAAGAACUCACGCUUUUACAACUACACGCUCUGCCGAAAUGGAGUACGAGAGAAACACAGCAGCGACUAUUCGAAGGAUUACCUUACAGACGUCAUCACCAACGACAGCAUCAACUACUUUCGAAUGUCCAAGCGGAUGUACCCUAACCGUCCUGUCAUGAUGGUUCUGAGCCAUGUUGCCCCUCACGGCCCAGAGGAUUCUGCCCCGCAGUACAGUUCCGCCUUCCCCAAUGCUUCGCAGCACAUAACUCCGAGCUACAACUACGCUCCCAACCCAGACAAACACUGGAUCCUCCGCUACACUGGGCCGAUGAGGCCUGUGCACAUGCAAUUCACUAACAUGCUGCAACGCAGGAGGAUGCAGACCCUGCUGUCUGUGGAUGACAGCAUGGAGAAGGUGUACAACAUGUUGGUGGAGACGGGUGAAAUGGAUAAUACCUAUAUCAUCUACACAUCCGAUCACGGCUACCAUAUCGGCCAGUUUGGACUAGUAAAAGGCAAAUCAAUGCCUUAUGAGUUUGAUAUCCGGGUUCCCUUCUAUGUACGAGGGCCGAAUGUGGAGCAAGGUGCCAUUAACCCCCAUAUGGUCCUGAAUAUUGACUUGGCGCCCACUCUGCUGGACAUGGCUGGUGUUGAUGUUCCUGCAGAAAUGGACGGAAAGUCUAUCCUUAAGCUGCUAGACACUGACAAACCAGUGAACAGGUUCAAUUUAAAUAGAAAAGGUAAAACCUGGCGAGAUUCCUUCCUUGUGGAGAGAGGAAAGCCUCUGCACAAGAGGGCCGAUGGGAAGGAAAUGGCUCAAGAGGAGAACUUCCUGCCCAAAUACCAACGAGUGAGGGAGCUGUGCCAGAAGGCAGAGUACCAGACUUCCUGUCAACAGCCGGGACAGAAGUGGCAGUGCGUAGAGGACCCGAAUGGCAAAUUGAGGCUGUAUAAGUGUAAGGGCAUGGCUAGUCUAUAUGCCCCCCGAAUGCAAGCUCUGAUGGCCAGAGGUGGCCCCCAGCUGUUCUCCUCAUCCAGUGUGGACAGCUGCAACUGUGGCAAUGUGGCCUUUAAAACACCCACCCUGAAGCGGAAGAAACUGCUUACAAAGAAGAAGAUCAAAUCCAGCAAGUCUGCCUCUAGAAAGCGUUGGGCCCGCUCUGUGUCCUUUGAGCUGGAUGGAGACAUGUACGCUGUGGACCUGGAAGAGUCUUAUCAUCCUGCGCCCUUCCAGAACAACAGCUGGACUUUCGACAGAAGUAGAAGAGUGGGACAAGAUGAGGAUGCUGAAGAGUUCAGUGGAAUGGGAGUCACAGCCAGGCCCAACACUGAAAACAAACUGACUCCAUCUGAUGCUCUUAAGGUCACAUACAGAUGUUCAAUUUUAAUGAAUGACACAGUAAAAUGUGACGGUGGCCUGUAUAAAUCACUGCAGGCGUGGAAAGACCACAAAAUGCACAUUGAGCAUGAGAUUGAAACCUUGCAGACCAAAAUAAAGAAUUUACGAGAGGUCAAAGGACACCUGAAACAGGUGCGACCAGAAGAAUGUCAGUGUAACACUCCCAGUUACCUGCUGAAAAAUAAAGAAAACAUUUUGCUGGGCACCGGGCGCAUGCAUUCAUUCAGAAUGCCUAAGCAGAAGACUCAGUGGCUACAAAAGGAGCAGAAGCGAAGGAAGAAACUCCGGAAAUUCCUGAAAAGGCUCCAGAACAAUGACACUUGCAGCAUGCCAGGCCUUACUUGUUUCACCCAUGACAACCAUCACUGGCAGACUGCUCCCUUCUGGACGAUGGGGCCAUUCUGUGCAUGCACUAGUGCCAACAACAAUACCUACUGGUGCCUGAGGACCAUCAAUGACACACACAACUUCCUGUUUUGUGAGUUUGCCACGGGUUUCCUGGAGUAUUUUGACCUGAACACAGACCCAUACCAGCUAAUGAAUGCUGUCAGCACCCUUGACCGCAACGCUUUGAAUUCAAUGCAUCAACAGCUCAUGGAAUUACGAGGUUGCAAGGGACAUAAGCAGUGCAACCCUGAAAAGGGAGGCAAAGAGCGAAACUACUUUAGUGAAUACAGACCAGUUUAUCGUCGAAAGAGGCCAAAAGUGAAGAAACCGUCCUCCAAAUCGCUGGGUCAGAUUUGGGACGGCUGGGUCGGUUAACCUCCUGUCUUCCAUUUCCAACCACAAGGGGCAGUCCUGCUAUACUCUGAUGACAUCAUUAGUUUGGGUUCUGAUUUCUGACACCCAGGCAGGCGGCAUGAAGAAACUGAGAAGCUCAUAAACUCUGUAAUUAUCAGUUGUUCUUCAUCACACAUUUCAUUCUCACGUCAAGGUCCGUCCACGUGAACUGGAUGCUGCGAUUUGAACAGUAUGUGUAUGCACAAGCCACUCAGUUUCACUGCUUGUAGAAAUAAAUAUUAGCUUUAAUCAUCUUUCAUCCGUGUGACACUGGACAGGAGUGGACCGAGCUGUUGACUCUGCUGCUACUCAUUCAUGUUACUCAUGCUUAGAACCUAAACCGUAGCAAUAUGAUCCAUGGUCGUGAUACCUUCUGUCUUUACCCAUAUGAACGCUUCUGUAUACUGAUGUGUGAACGCUUUGAAUUUCCUGAAGACAGACUGACCUUUGGCCAUGACCUUUUGUAUCUCUGUUCAACUUUAUCAAUGAAUGUCCCCAAUGAACCCUUCUCAAACAAGCGAUGCAUGAGGGGUAUCAACAUGGCACUAUUUGGAGAAAAGGUCCUAUCAAGCCCAUCCAUUCAGUCCAAACUAUCUGAUUAUUGGCAGAAUGUGUAUUAUUGUUGCCAUUUAUUUUCUCCUUUUUAAGAGAAUAGCACACAGUAGAUGUUUCAAUCUAGCUUGCUAUACAUGGUGCUACAGGAUAACCAUACAGAAGUAAACUUGCUGUACAGUACAAGUUUGUAAUUGAAUGUAUGUUGUGCAAUUGAUAUACUGUAAAUGUUUACAAUAUUUUUAUAAUACUGGAGAGGCAGACCUCAUUGUGUGAGCUGAAACAAAUGGACUACUAUCAAGGGGAAUGUAGGUUGUCCUUUGCUACUUUACAUGAGAAAAGCACUUAAAAGGAUUCACUGUGAAGACUUCAACCUACAACAUUUAUUAUGUGCCAGAGGAACAACACAGCGAUGUUAUGUACAUGUUCAUGUGACUUUAAGAACUCUGCUUUUUUUUUUUUUUUAGUUUGUUCAAUUUUGUUUUCUUAGCAGGCCGUAGACAUGAGUGCUGACAGUAAAUGUGAAUAAAGUGUUGUUUGAUCAAAACAA